AUGGUAGAAAAUCACGAAUUUACCUUUGUCCUAUCCCUCUCUGAAUUUCUUUGGCCAUGCACAUUAUUUCUAAUUUUGACUGUGCUUCGCUUCCAGGAACCACCCAGGCACAGAGAAAAUUGUUAUCUGCAGCCCCGGAAUUUGCCAAGUCAAGGAGUUUAUCCCUUUGUCCAAAGCCUCCUUUGUAAUGCUGGCUCUAGAUGUAAGAACACCAGUUAUGCAGUGCCAAAAGACCUCCACUUCCGCAUGUCUGGGUCCUCAAAUUCUCAAGACCACCAAGGAAUGGGGAAGGAUUUGGACUUUUUGGAAGACAUUCAGGAGCUUGCCCGAGGCAUUUCAGAAACAAUGGAGAAGGCAAUUGCUUUACAGAAACUUUGGAUGGAAGGUUCCAAGUCAUCAGGUUCUCACAGUUCUGCUUUCUCAAUGGUGGAUCUUAAUAAGACCGAAGCCCUAAUAUCUAAAAUAGAAUACCUUCAUCAUCAACCCUACUUUUGGAAUUUCCUACAUUCUUUGCCAGAACUACAAAGAAACAAUGUAGAUUUUAAGUAUGGGCUUCAGACUUCGGCACCGUUACUACAGACAAUUCUAAGUUUUUUAGCAUCUGUAGAAGAUUUGGAUUGGUUACCAAUAAAUCAAACCUUCUCUAAAGCUGCUCAAAUAGGACUAAAUGUGACCAUUACAAUCCUGAAAUUUCUGCAGGAGGAAAAAGUGGAAGUUAUUGGACUUGAAUAUAACUUAUCUCUAAGAAAUGUGGUGUGGGACCCUCUGAAGCUGAAAUCUGAUUUGACAACCAAAUAUGGCUUUGAUGACCUUCAUGUUGAGAAGUUGCUGAAUUACACUGGCAAGUUAAAUGAGAUUCCCAGAGACAGCUCACUGGAGCAGUUUGUGUGUUCAGCCUUGUCCAACACAUCAGAAAUUGAGGUUGACAGCAAGUAUGAUCAUGGGAACUGUAAUAUCCAGUGGUCAGAAACCAAAAACUAUCUUCUCCAUUCAGUCAGCUGGCUCCAUAUUUACAAACAGAUGAUUCAGCAAUGGCUAAAUGGUAGUGUGCUUCAGAAGAUUCUUACUGGAAUGGAACAAGGUCUAGUGGGUUUUGUAGAUAAAUACCCUGAAGAUAGUGAGCCAUGGAAAGUUGCAUCAGUCCUGCACAUCAUGAUUCACCUCCUGGAUGACAGUUUGGGACCAGACUCCCCACCAAACUACCUUCAAACUUCAAAAAUAUUAGUGUAUCUGGCAAAGUUUCAGACCAUUCUUCAAAAUCUGCCUCAUUGGCCAACUGUGAAGAGAUUGCUUCUGGUAAAUGGAGCUCUCAGAAAUGUGAUCUUCCAGAAUUUACAUUUUAUCCGAGAAAUUCUAAGUAAACUGGAAGGAUUGGCUCCAUUUUCUACAACAGAUGAUUUCAGCUCAUUGAAACUUGAAAUGGAUACAUUCUUCAAGGAUAUUAAACAGAUGUUGACAAAGAAUUACACUUACAUGAUUCAGAAUGUACCCUUUGUUUCGGAAGAGAAUUUUACUCUUUUGGAGAACUUCAAAGUUAUGAAAAUGCUAACCCAUUUAAGAGGGCAUUCUCAUUCUUCCAAUGAGACAAUCUUUUUAUACAACCUACUUCAUUUAGUCAAAGAGGCCGAUGGAAUUUUUCAGGAGGUGCUCUUUGGACGAACAAAUUGGUCCACUGCAAUUACUGAAGACUUUCUGGGCUGGCAAGAAAUUGAACAGCAACUUAUAGAGAGUACAACUGUUUGUUCUUGGUUGUAUCAGUCAUUGAGUACCCAGAUAUCACCUGGAGCAGAGAGCUCCCUCAUUUAUUGCCAGGAACAGAUCAUUUCCACACUAGUUUUCCAUACAUUGGAAGAAGUCCAGUUUGCUCUGGAACAAAAUAACUCCUGGAAAAACUUAACAGAACUUCUCAGGAAAACAUGUGAAGCUGCUCAUUAUGUGAAUAAGCAAGAAAGUUUCCAAAGAGGUGCAUCUGCCAUUUCUGAAAAAUCCCCUUGUAAAGGAGCAAAACUCGAUUGGAAAGACAUCACUGAUACUUACUUUGUGUUUCUGAAAAAUUUGAGGAAGUCCCCAAGGAAGUCAUUGUCUAGAAUCUUGAUGUAUAUCAAGGAUCUUUUGCAAAUGAAAAAGAAGUCACAUACUUAUGAAGAUGAAGAGAAAAACUUCUGGCUAUUCUUUAUAGAAUUUGUAGAAAAAAUGGUACUGCCUGGUUCUUUGGUUUCAUCCAAUCAUACUGCAUUCCAGAAUCUUGCAACCCUCACUGAAGUUAUCUGGAAUAAAACUCUUUGGUGGAUGAAUACUUCUAGAACUUCAGAAGCUGAACCAUCUUCUCUUAAUACUCAGAAAUUUUCUGAGUUUUCUAAGGAAGUUAUAGAGAAAAUCCAAGUUGUUUCAAGCCUCUGGGAAGAGAAUGAAUAUGAAGGAUUUAUGAGAUUCUUGGAAUUAAUGUUUUAUGAAAUUAAUCCUAAGCUUUUAGAACUAUGGAUGUAUGGCAUUCCAGAAAGAGAAAGAGACAAAUUGGAAACCUCAUCAGCUCUUUUAAAUUUGUCAAUUCCAGAAAAUCAAAGAAUCUUUGGAAAAAACUUAAACUUUACUCAGUAUUUCCAUAGUUUACCUAAACCAAAAAUUUUAAACUUGGAUUUUGUACAUUUAAGUGAAAUGGUCAUAAAUAGUCUCUAUGAACUAAGGUUAAUAAAGCAAGAACAAGUCACUGCAAUCCUGAAUACAGUUUAUGCUCUACAAAACAUAUCAAUCCUUUCCUCAAAUUUUUCUGUUUCUCAAAAAGAGUACUUGGAAAACAUCUUGACUCAUAUCUAUCAAAAUGUCUUUAAGGAUAAGGAUUCUGCUGUACUUCUUCAAUUAUAUUCUUUAAUUUAUAAGGAUAUUUAUCAGCUUUUCUCCAGUUUUCAGAGUAGAGAGUCUUUGUUAACUUUCUUCAUUCAGAUUUCAAAAAAUAUUUCAGCUAUUAUCAAGAAGUUUAAUUUUCAGGAUAUGAGCGAAGCUUUUGAAUUUCUCUCUGAAGCUACAAGCUUUCUGGAUCAAAUAUCUGAAGAAUCACUCUGUGAAAAGCUCUUUUCAGUUUAUAACUAUCUGGAACUUCAGGCCAAAUCUCUAAUCCCCAAAGAAGGCCAAGAAACAAAAAUGAUACAUGCGACUAUGAUGAGUCUGAAACAGUUGCUCAUAAAAGAUAAAAAUUUUCGGAUAUCUUUAUUUCAGUAUCUGAAUCAACUUUUCAACAACUCACUGGAAAGACACUUGGAUAACCAAUGCUUUGAUUUGGAUGAUAGACCUCUGUCUUUGAAUUGGUCAGCAGAUGUGAGAAAUUCCCUCAUUCUUCCUUGGAUCCAAAUACUUUCAAACCUAACACAAAAUAUUGUCCUGAAUGAAUCUUUAGCUAUACAGUGUACAUUUUCAUGGGUCCAAGUGUGGUUUGAUAUCUGGGAUGCCAUUUCUCAAGUUUUAAAGCGUAAUGACAAGUUUUUUCCUUCUCUACAGAUUGGCCUCAGGGAACUUUCUUCAGAACUGGGAAAUAAAUCUGAAUAUUCUGAAAUGUGUCAGAGCAUGUUUCCUGACCAUGUUCCUAUAAGACUUAUCACAAAUUUACUAAAAAAUAUAGUUCAAGAUGUUGAUGCCCAAAAUUGGAAUGCCCUUACUGGUCUCUCCUCUGUGCAAGACAAUUCGUUAGCCAUCAUGAAAUCACUAAAUACAGAGAAAGUGAAGAAAUCCCUUUUGACAGUAGAAAAUAUAAUACUCAAAUUAAAAAAAUUCCCAUUAAAUAUUAAUAUUAGCAGAGAAUUUUUGUACUCCCUGUUUGAAAUUUUCAUGGAGCUAAGCAACACGACAGGAUAUGUAGACAAAGAUGCAUAUUUAGGAAGUCACAUACUUCCAAAUUUUCUAAGAGGCUCUGGAGAAGAAUAUGUGUUUACUGUUUUACAAGAGACAUUAAGAUUCCUUAGAAAUACAUCCUAUGACCAAACUUUAUUGUCUUGUGCUGGCAUUUUGCAUAAUAUUACCAAUUUAGUUAUGGAACAUGAUAUAGAUUCAAAAAAUGCUUCACAGAAGUUAUUAAGUGUGCUGGAUGUUUUACAUUUCAUUUUAACCUCUGAAGAUAUAAUUAAGAGGCUAGAAGGCUGUACUUUAUGGAUAGAUAUAAUCAGAAAUAUAGUUGUCAAAUAUAAUACUAAUUCAUCUGACCACUCACUAGACUUUUUAAAAUUGUUUUUAUCUUCAAGAAAUGUCAAUGGCACAAAAAUCAAAUUGAGAAAGUUGUUAGAUUUUGUUACUUUCAUAUUAAGUUCAACAAAACCUCUCUGUUCUUUUAAUAAUUUAGACAUGCAUUGUCUGGAUAUUUACUUUAGAAAUGUAACUAAUUUUGCAAAAGUUGUAAUUACUUCAUUGUUUGAAAAGGAAAAGAUUCCAAUGCUUGACUUUAUAUUUAAGAUUUUAAAUAAUUCAGGAAACCAGAUCAGUUUAAUUAUCAAUAACUUAACAAGAAUUUUAGAAUUUUCAUCAGAUUCAAACUGGAAAAAUUUUACUGAAUUAAUUACAAGAGCCUUAGAAAAGUCAGAUAACUCUCCCAAUCCAUUCAAAAUUGCCUGGCAUCAAUUAAUGGCCCUCUUUGGAGAAAUUAAAAAACUUGUGAAAAAUAUCACUAUUAAAAUUUUAGAAAACAAUUCAUCUGACAUUAACAAAGUUUUAAAGAUUUUUGACAAUUUAUCAAAGGAAAAAAGUACAAAUCUGUUAGGUGAUUCAAUUCAAAAUUUAGGAAGUUAUUUUGCAUUUAAUUUGUCUCAUGAUCUGAAAAAUUCACCAACCCAUGCAAUUAUGAAAGCAAUUGGUCUUAAUAUUCAACUGGCAAGGGAUGUGAUUAAUUCUUGGCUACCAUCUAUUCUUCCUAACAUUCCACAAAACUCAGGGAAUAUUAAAGUUUUGAAGAAGAUCAGCACUCUUAUACGCAACCUCAAAAAUGCAGAUGUAGAGCUCUUGGUAGAUCAACUUGAAGAAAUUGGUGGGAGUCUUUGGGGUUUUUUAAAGAAUAUCAGUGCUUUAGAGGAUGGAAAUUUGGGGAUUGACUCAUUAGUUGGAUUAAUGAAGACAUUUGUACACAGCUCACAUUCUUGGAAUAUUAACCAUCUGUGGCAGCUCUCACGCUUUUUCCCUAAAGAUGAAGUUGAUGCAGUAGUAGAUGCAUAUUAUGUACUUCCUCAUGGAGUGAGACUUUUACAGCAGAUAGCUCAUAAGAACAUUACAGAGGCCCUACUGGAUGUAUAUAACUUCACACUGGUUCAUGGAACUAACAUUUCUACAAUCACUAAGGAAGAUUUUGCAAGUGCCAUUAAAGACCUUCUGGACAUAAUAGAGUUGGUUACAGAUGAGCCAAAUAUUGCUGCAGAGGCAUUAAGUUGCCUUCCAGUAAUUUGGUGCUUGAACCACACAAUUCUACAGCUUCACAAGGAUCUAGUAAUGGAAAAGUGUAAUUUAUACAAGUCUGCGCAUCCUUUGUUGUAUACCAAAUUGACUGAUCUCUUUCAUCACCUCCAGCUGAUGCCUUUAGAGAGAGAUUUACAAUGUUCAAAUGAGAGUUUAAGGAUAGAGGUGACUUAUAGGGUGUACUGUUUCUUUCAUGAAUUAGCAGCAUGGAAUUCCAUUUUUAUAAAGUUUUCUGAGGUCCUAAAUGUCAAUAACUCACUUCUGAGGGAGCUUCAAGGGUUUUGGUACAAGGUAUCUCCCUAUAUCCUGCCUUCUGGAAAAUCAAGCAAUGCUAAUGACUCCAUACAUUGUAUGGUAGUCCCAGGGAAAUGGAUUGCUUUGAGAGUCAUAGACAAGUUGAAAAAAAUGAAUUUUACAAAGAUUUUUGAAAAACUAUCAGUUCUGAACAAGAUUCAACACUGGAAUAUGGACAAAGAAACAUCAGUUCGAAAUAAAACUACCAUGAAUUUGAAAAAGUGGUCAAAACUAGUCUCUAGUUUUGCUGUAGAAAGCCUGACUUUAUUUUUCUCUCCAAUUCAUCCAUCUUCUAAAACAAACCAAUUUAAUAAUCUCUUGAAGGUACUAUUAAACUUUGGUAAGAAGAGUAGCAUUAUUGACAAUCUGGAAAGCCUAUGGCUUGAGUCAGAGAGAUUUAUGCAAGACCUAACUAAGAAUUUUAGUAUUAGGUAUAUACUCUCUUUAGUCAAACAAGGAAUUCAAAUAAUAGAACCACUCGAUGAUCAAAAUACAAAACUGACACUUUCCCAGUUUUUGAAACAUUUUAAUUCCUCAUCUCUACAUGGGGCCAGAUUCCUUGAAGACCUUCUGGUAGUGACUAGAGAUUUGCUCCACGAAUACACAAAUGGAAAUUUCUCUACAGUAAUAGCUACAUUGAUUCAUGUUUUGGAUGAUAGAACUUCUCCGGAUGAUAGAACAUCAAGCAUUGGUGAUAUUACUGACUUUCUAAAACACUUCAAGAAUAUUUCUAGAGAAGGUAACAGUUAUGUUACAUUUGUUGCUCGUUUGCUAAAGGUAGAAAAACAAGCUAAUUUCUCUGUUGCUCAAUUCCUUUUUGAAAGCAGCCUGAUUAGUGCAAUCAAUUACCUUGCUUGGAAUUUUCUGGAAGCAUCCCCGAAUUUAAAUGACACUGGCCUUCCAAUAAUGAACUUCAUUGAUCUAAUGUUUAACUAUACACAAUUCGAAAAUAAUAGGGCAAAUCUCUCUCUCCACCCAAACAGUACAAUGGAACUGUUAGAACAAUUUUUUCAAAAAUUCUUUUUUCCACCAAAGGGAAAUUUUGAGAACAAAAUAUUCAUUUUGAUGGAAGACUUAUAUAAAGGAAUAAUGGCUGAGAUGAGUAUUGCUUCAAUGAACAAAAUUUUAGAUGUUUUGAAAAUGGAUCCUUUUACUAACCUGAUAGAAGACAGGUUAUCUAGUUUAAGGAAAGACAUUUAGGAUCCAAUGAAAGACUUUGAUAUUCAACAAGGGUUCAAGUUUAUCUGACAUUUAUUUCAUGUUACUUUCAGAGAUAUUCCUACAAGAAACAACAGUGAAAAUGAUGCUGACCUGGUUAAGAAUAGGACUCAUUUGCUUUCAAAGUUGAAUAAUUUUGAGGACCUUAAAGAAUUCAAUGAAGAUCUCGAUUCUACAAUUCAACUUGUGAGAAAAAAUUCUGCAAAAAUAGUUGGCCUGAUGGAUAUUAUCUUCAGUUAUAAUAUUAAGGAUCUGCAUGCUUUUUCCUCUACACUCCAAGUCAUUCUUGCUAAUUUAACAGAAUUAGUGACCUUUGUAAAUGAUAUUUUCCCUUCAGAAGAGAGAAAGCUGGCAGAAAUUACCAAGCACUUACUAGAUAAAAUUGCUUACGGAGAAAAGGAUAUUCCAGAAGGUUUCUUGAAAAUGUCUCAGGCUUUGAGCACUUUGUUACAGGACAUCAAGAAAUUAAGAGGUCUUUCACAGUCAAUAGAUGCUGUGGUUAAAUUCCUUAAGCUAUCUAAAAAAAUCUCUGCUCAAGUGGCCACUAUUUUAGAAAGUCAAGUAAUUUCCAAAGCAGAGGAAAAGUUAAAUUUCUUUGACUUGCUCCAUUCUUUUUUGCAAGGAGCUGUUCACAAUGUAAUCAAUGAUAUAACUUCCAAGAGGAAUUUAGAACUUUUAAGUUACAAGGAAAUAGAGAGCUUGCUGAAGCCACUGCUGGAUGUCACCUAUUGGACUAUUGAGAUUAAACCCUUUGUUUCCAAAGAAUCCAAACAUGUGAAUCAAUCACAAUCAACUAGUUUCCUUUCAUAUCUAAACCAAUCUAAAGACAUUUCUAAGAUUGUAGAAGAGAUUGCUCAGUUUAUAAUCAAUUCAAAAAAGCAUCGUGUGGAGGUGGAACAUCUUGUAUUAGCUCUCAAAAAUGUGACCCAAACUUUAUCUAUAGAUGCCAAAACUCUAAUGGGAGAAGUUCUUGAUUAUUUGGUGCCAAUAAAUAACCUCACUAGCCAGGUAAACUUUUUAAAUUCUAAUCUGAAUUCCUCCCAUCAUUGGCUCCAGGAUUCAAAAUGGGAACGAUUUUACAAAAUGGUACUUUUUUGGAAUGAAAUACUGUCUCAGAGCAGCCCAGAAAGUGGGACUAACUUGAAAAUGGUGAUUGCUCCAUCCCUAGAAGCUUUGGGGAAUAAUUUACAGGAGGGUGUCUGGGAUAUAUUUAAUCUACUGCUGACAUUUGCACAGCAUCCAAACAACCUUUCUCAAGCCAUAGGGAGCACUGGGAAGAUGCUGAGUGUUUUUGGAGGACAGUUCAGUAAAGCUCUAUUUUUUAACAGCUCUACCAUUCACAACAUGACUCACCAGCAACUUGAAAAAGCAAUUCAGGUUGCAUUAAAUAAAACAGCUCUCUGGAUGGAAUGGCUACGUUUACUCCACUCACAGUGGAGACAUUCAACAAAAGCUUUAUUCCCUCUCACUUGGGAGACUUCCAUUAAUGUAACUACUGGAAAAGGUGUGUUGUCCAAACUACUGAACAUUAAGAGGGAAGAGAAUAAUUUUUCACUUACUUUGAAACCUUUAUCAUGUUUUGAAAAGUCCAUUAAAAGAAUAAUUGCCCUGGCAAAAUACUGGCAAAAAGGACUACUGCAAAAUCAAAGUGUCUUCGAAAUAUGUCAGUUUUUCCAGAAGCACUUAAAGCCCUCUACUGCCUUAGCUCUUCAGAAGGUGAAGAUGACAGUUUUGAAUGUGUUAAUCAUCCUAUCAGAAAAGCCUUCUUUUACUAAGGACAUUUUGUGUACUUUUCUGAGCUGCAAGGAUGGAUUAAUAAGACAUCUCCUCUUAUCCAUUGUACAAGGAAUUACAUUGGCUCAUAACCACUAUCAGGAUUUUGAAAAUAUUUGGUCCUCAUCCAAUCAUGGACAUUGUGAAAGCCUUUUAUAUGCCAGCAGCAAACUUUCUAGAACCUUGGAAGGUUUUAAGAUAAGCCUGGGAAAUGCAACAGCCAGAGACUGUGAAUGCUCUGCAGUGUUAGAAACUGUUCAGCAACAUGUGCAAAUGCUGGUCAGAAGCCUUGAGAAGCCUUUAUCAGGAGACCCCAUUAUGACUUUUCUUAGUAACCUCAGUGUAACUGGAGAUGUGAGGGUAAAAGAUUGUGUGCAGAAUGUUACCAAGUUAACAGAAGAAUUGCGUUCUUUGACUACUAUCUCAGAGGAUACCAUCAAUAGCAUUCUGGAAGCAAAUAUCUCACAUCCAAAGUUUCUUUCCAGUGCCCUUGCAGUAGCUUUGGCUGGAAAAUGUGAUGAAGAAGUUAUCAGCCUCUUGCUGACAUUUCCUGCAGAUGGAAAAGCUCUUGCAGCUAGAGAAUUGUGUGUUCUGCCUGCAUUGGACGUGUACACUUUGAUUGUACUCAUUAGUCAGAACCUGGAUUUGCGGAUUAUCAUUUACAAAAUGUUGAUACCACCAGAGGCAAAUUCCUUACUGAACUCCUUGUUGGAUGUGGUUUCGAGCAUCGACUCCCUACUUACCAAGGCUGAGCAUAUUCUCAAAUAUCUCCCUGAAUUUCUUCAGUCACUAAAAAGUAUUCCUUUGCUUGAUAUUCCUGCAUUUCCACAGUUUCCACAAGAUGUUCAGACUCGAAGUUCAACCUUUGGCUCUCUCCAGUCUGUGAUGAAGAUGGUUUGCAAAGAAGAAGCAUCCUUCCUCAGCAACUCUAACAUGUUCAUUAACUUACCCAGAGUGAAUGAUCUCCUAGAGGAUGACAAGAAAAAAUUCAACAUCCCCAAAGAUUCAACACCAUUUUGCUUGAACCUUUAUCAGGAAAUUUUACAGUUUCCAAAUGGAGCUUUGGUGUGGGCUUUUCUAAAGCCUUUAUUGCAUGGGAAGAUAUUAUAUGCACCCAACACUCCAGUGAUAAAUAAGGUUAUGGAAAAGGCGAAUUACACCUUUGCCUUUGUGGACAAACUGAAGAUUUUUUUGGAAGCAGUGCUGAAAAUGUCCAGCAUCUUUCAGAAAGGUGGAAAUGCUCAAAUGAUUAACCAUCUUCAGGAAGCCCUGAGAAAUACAUUUAUCAAAAGAUUUGUAGAAAGCCAAUUGCAGAUCGAUGUAGAGAAGCUCAUUGAAAAACUACAGAACUAUUCUGGGAUGCUGGGCAAGAUGUUUAAUCACUCAAAGGUUGAACAGUUUCAUUCCUUGGCCCAAAUCAUGGUAAACAUCUCAUCCUGUAUACUCCUAAAUCGCUUCCAGCCUCUGGAGUCUGUGGAAAUACUGGAGAGAGAAGCUCAUGGACUCAUACAACAAAAUGAUUUAUUGGCUAGCAUUAUAUUCAACAGUUCCUUAACCAGUAAGAAACAUGGAUCAGAUGUUAUUGAUCUCCCACAACAUUUCAUCUAUACAAUUAGGACUAGUGUUUUGUACAGUAUGAGAACAGAUUUGGUCAAAAACCCUUUGUGGAAAUUUCAUCCCCAAAGACUUCCAGCUGAUGGGUUCAAAUACAAUCACAUUUUUGUUCCACUACAAGAUAUGAUUGAAAGAGCCAUCAUUUUGGUACAAACUGGAUUAGAUACAUUGACACCUCCGAUACAAGUCCAAGCCAUGCCAUAUCCCUGCCACACCAGUGACUUAUUCUUGAACAAUGUUGGCUUCUUCUUUCCACUGAUAUUGAUGUUGACAUGGAUGGUAUCUGUAGCCAGUAUGGUCCGAAAGCUAGUUUAUGAAAGAGAGAUUCGUCUUGAAGAGUAUAUGAGAAUGAUGGGUGUUCACCCCGUUAUUCAUUUCCUAGCCUGGCUUCUGGAGAAUAUCAUCAUGAUUAUUAUAAGCAGCUGCGUUCUGGCCAUCAUCCUGAAAACAAGUGGCAUCUUUGUGCAUAGCAAUGCUUUCAUCAUUUUCCUCUUCCUUCUGGACUUUGGAGUUUCAGUCAUCAUGCUAAGCUUCUUACUCAGUGCAUUUUUCAGCAGUGCAAAUACUGCAGCCUUGUGUACCAGUUUGGUGUAUAUGAUCAGUUUUUUACCCUACAUAGUUCUCUUGGUGCUACAUAAUCAAUUAAAUUUUGCUCUUCAGACAGUUCUGUGUUUUCUAUCUACAACUGCCUUUGGGCAAGGUGUAUUUUUCAUUACAUUCUUAGAAGGACAAGAAGCAGGGAUUCAGUGGAAUAAUAUGUACCAAUCUCUGGAACAAGAAGGAGACAUGACAUUUGGCUGGGCAUGCUGGAUGAUUCUCUUUGACUCAAUGGCAUAUUUUAUAUGUGGAUGGUACUUCAGUAAUUUGAUUCCGGGGAAUUUUGGUUUAAAGAAACCAUGGUAUUUUCCCUUUACUAUGUCAUACUGGAAGAACUUGUGUGGCUUCAAGAUGAGGACGCAACAGCACAUCAACUCCAAUCUCUUGUUAUUCAAUGAAAACUUCUUGAAUAAAGGGUCUCUGCCACCAAAUGGGCAGAAAACAAUUGAGGAUGGAAUCCACAAAGGAGUGACACUGGUAUCAGUUACCAAAGAGUAUGAGGGUGACAAAAAAGCUGCAGUUAAAGAGCUUACACUUACAUUUUAUAAAGGUCAAAUCACUGCUCUGCUGGGACCCAAUGGUGCUGGAAAGACCACAAUUAUAUCUAUGUUGACUGGAUUGUACCCUCCGAGUUCUGGUACUAUCAUUAUUAAUGGCAAGGAUAUGCAGACACAGCUUGCUGCUAUCAGGAUGGAGAUGGGUGUAUGCCCCCAAUAUGAUGUCCUCUUUGAUAACUUAUCUAUACGGGAACAUUUAUUGCUAUUUGCUUCAAUAAAGGCACCACUGUGGACAAAGAAGCAAUUAUAUCAACAAGUUAAUAAAACCCUUCAAGAUGUGGAGUUAACCCAUCACCAACACAAACAUGUCAGAACUCUCUCUGGAGGAAUGAAAAGGAAACUCUCAAUUGGUAUUGCCUUUAUUGGAAACUCAAAUGUUGUUGUUCUAGAUGAGCCUACCAGUGGUGUGGAUCCUUGUGCCCGCCGGGGCAUAUGGGAUAUUUUACUGAAGUAUCGAGAAGGUCGUACCUUAAUCUUCACUACACACCACCUCGACGAGGCAGAAGUGCUUAGUGACCGAAUUGCCAUACUCCAGUGUGGGCAACUUAGAUGCUCUGGUCCUCCCUCCAGCCUAAAGGAAGCCUAUGGCCAUGGACUCAGCCUGACCCUGACAAAACAACCUUUCAUUCUGGAGACCCAAGAUGCCAAGGACACACAUCGAGUUACAACUUUGAUACAAAUAUAUAUUCCACAAGCAUUUCUUAAAGAAAAUGGUGGGAAUGAGCUAACUUAUGCAAUUCCAAAGGAUACUGAUAAAGCAUGCUUUAAAGGACUCUUUCAGGCUCUGGAUCAAAACCUACAUCUUCUGCACCUAACUGGCUAUGGAAUUUCAGAUACCACUUUAGAAGAGAAAUGUCCAAAGGAGAACAGCAGUGCUCCCUACCUGAAGAACAGUAAGGGACAUACUUUGUUUAAUCUUUCAGCAUAUGAUAUAGAAGAAUACUUAUUGUGGCCUUCAAAAAAACCAAGACUUGGAGGCUGGUCUUUUGGAGUGAAGAUCUCUAACCAAGGACAAGAUGAAAAUAUAAAUAUAUCAAAACCUCAAACUCUGGCAAAGGUCUGGUAUAAUCAGAAGGGAUUUCAUGCCUUACCAUCUUAUCUAAAUCACCUAAACAACUUAAUUCUGUGGCAGCAUUUACCAUCGUCUGUGGACUGGAGACAGUAUGGAAUAACACUCUAUAGCCACCCAUAUGGAGGUACCUUACUGAAUGAAGACAAAAUCCUGGAGAGCGUCCGACAGUGUGGAGUCGCGCUCUGCAUCAUGCUGGGCUUCUCCAUCCUCACGGCAUCGAUUGGCAGCUCCAUAGUCAAAGACAGGGUGUGUGGAGCGAAGAGAUUGCAGCACAUCAGUGGUCUCGGCUAUAGGACCUAUUGGUUUACUAAUUUCAUUUAUGAUAUGCUAUUUUACCUGGUUUCAGUCAGCCUGUGUAUUGGAGUUAUUGUUGCUUUCCAGCUAACAGCCUUCACUUUCCGAGAGAACUUGGCAGCCACUGCCCUCCUGCUGGCCCUUUUCGGUUAUGCCACUCUACCAUGGAUGUAUCUUCUAUCCCGAAUCUUCUCCAGUUCUGAUGUGGCUUUCAUCUCUUAUAUCUCCUUAAACUUUAUCUUUGGCCUUUGCACCAUGUUAAUGACGAUAAUGCCGAGAUUACUAGCUGUCGUCUCCAAAGCACAGAAUCUGCAGAAUAUCUAUAAUGUUCUCAAAUGGGUCUUUACCAUUUUCCCACAAUUUUGCCUGGGCCAAGGUUUAAUAGAACUCUGCUACAAUCAGAUUAAGUUUGACCUAACCCACAACUUUGGCAUUGAUUCAUAUGUGAGCCCCUUUGAAAUGAAUUUCUUGGGCUGGAUCUUCGUGGCAAUGGCCCUGCAGGGCACAACUCUUCUUCUUUUGAGAAUCCUGCUGCACUGGGAUUUGCUUCAGAAACCAAGGAGCCAACCAGUCUUUCUUGGUCCAGUCAAUCCUUCUGAAGACAGGGAUGUUCAAGAGGAGCAAAUGCGAAUUUGGACAGGAAGAGCAAGCAAUGACAUUCUUGUGCUCAGGAACCUCCAGAAAAGUUACCAAAGUUUUGGCAAAAAGAGUACUGCCGUGAAAGAUAUUAGCUUGGGAAUACCAAGGGGAGAGUGUUUUGGCCUCCUGGGAGUGAAUGGAGCUGGGAAAAGUACAACAUUCAAAAUGCUGACUGGUGAUAUCUCUCCAUCUUCAGGACAUGCUGCCAUCAGGAAUCCAGGAGGAGAUGAAAUGGUCCUAUCUUCUGCUGGUGCUGCAGGUAUUCUAAUUGGCUAUUGUCCCCAGAAAGAUGCCUUGGAUGAGUUUCUCACUGGAUGGGAACAUCUUUAUUAUUACUGCAGACUACGUGGAGUCCCCAAACAGGAUAUCCAUAUGGUUGCUGGAAAGCUGGUUAAUAGACUACACCUUGAGGCUCAUAUUGAAAAACCAGUGAAUACCUAUAGUGGAGGAACCAAGAGAAAACUAUCCACUGCUCUGGCUUUGGUGGGAAAACCUGAAAUUCUCUUACUGGAUGAGCCCAGCUCUGGAAUGGAUCCUGGCUCUAAGCGAUUUCUCUGGAAAACUAUAAUGAAAGAAGUUCAGGAAGGAUGUGCUGCCAUUCUCACUUCACACAGCAUGGAGGAGUGUGAAGCCCUUUGCAGUCGUCUGGCAAUCAUGGUCAACGGCAGUUUCCAGUGUCUUGGUUCUCCCCAGCAUAUUAAAAACAGGUUUGGAGCUGGAUAUAUUGUUAAAGUUUGGCUAAGCCAAGAAACAGGUCAACAUCAUGCCAUCUCUGACUGUCUCAAUCUCCAUUUCCCAGGAAUCUUAUUUAAGGGACAACAUCUUAAUUUAUUGGAAUACCAUGUGCCACAAAGAUGGGGGUGCUUGGCAGACUUGUUCACAAUUCUAGAGAACAAUAAGACUUUGCUGAAUAUUAAACACUACUCUAUUAACCAAACUACUUUAGAACAGGUCUUUAUUAGCUUUGCAACUCAGGAGCAGCAAACUCCAUACUCUACUCCUGAAUUUUCCAACAACUAUAUACGUCCAUAUUCUGUGUCCAUCUAG